GGUGACGUCAUUUCAUCCGAUCGUCACUUCUUUGCGCCUCUCUCUCUUCCUCGAGAUCGGACAUCCACUACUGAGGGAUAUAUAAACCCACAAUUGGGAAUGGACAGGAUAUGCUACUUUCCCACUUUGGACGUUCUUGUCCUCCUUUUACUAGACUUGGGAGAGGGAUGGUAAUCCGAACUACUGCAUCUGCCAACAAGAACACAAACAUGAACACGAACAAGAACGGAAAACGGCCAGCGCCAGCCUCUUCCUCUCCUAACAAACGCGCGCGUACCAUCCACGGACACUCAGAUCCCCCUGAAGUAAAGGACAAGAUCGCUAGUGCCUCUGCUGCAGCUGCCGUAGACGCCCAUUCUCCACUUUCUAUCCUAGAGCGGGCGCUUGACCGCCGCCCACCUGGGAAGUUGGAGGGUGAGUGUGUGGUCUACUGGAUGCGCAUGGAGGAUAUGCGCUUGAAGGACAACCGCGCCUUCUCACUCGCUGCGUCCAUCGCUUUGGAAGGAAAGCUGUCGCUCAUGACAGUCUUCCUCUUCUCUCCAGGAGAUUAUGAAGCACACGACCGCUCUCCCCGGCGUAUAGACUUCAUGCUGCGCAACCUCCGUUCACUGCGCGCCUCCCUGUCCUCUCUCGACAUCCCCCUCUACACAGCCAGCAUAGAGCCGCGGCACUCUCUCCCCCAGAAACUGGUAGACCUCCUGCAGGAGUACAGCGCCGUAACGGUAUGCGCGAACAUGGAAUACGAAGUGGACGAGUUGCGGAGGGACGAGCGGGCCCUCCGUCUCGCGCUGGAAAAAGGCAUCCGUUGCGAGUUCAUACACGACAAGUGUAUCGUCCAGCCCGGCAAGGUGCUCACGAAGCAGGACAAGCCUUAUACCGUUUACAGCCCGUUUUUGCGCAAUUGGAUAUCGGUGGUACAGGGGGAUUCGGCCACUCUGGAAUGCGCGACUCCGGUGAAGAAGAACACGGUUUCCCUCACUCCGAAGCUCGAGGACUUGCUGAAGAACCCUACGCCUAUUCCGGAGUAUAUACCCGGCUUUGAGUGCAAGGACAAGGAGAAGAUGGCGCUGUACUGGCCUGAAGGGGAAGACGUAGCUUCGGAAGUACUGCGCCGGUUCCUGCACACCAAAGCAAGGAAAGAACAGCUCGGGGGUGGGAAGGGCGUACUGGCUUCUGGAGAAGUGGACGACCUGAAGCACAGCAGGAUCAUGGAGUACGGCGAGGGCCGGAACAGGGCAGACAAAGAUUCCAGCUCCAGGCUGAGCCCGUACCUCGCCAGCGGGGUCAUCUCAGCCCGGGAAUGCCUGCGCCAGGUCCUAGCACUGAGCGGGCGUAAGAAACUCGAAGCGAGCAACCGGGAGGACGGUGCGCAGAUGUGGACGCAGGAAGUUGCCUGGAGGGACUUUUACACCCAUGUCCUCGCUGCGUUCCCCCGGGUGUCGAUGGGCCGUCCUUUCCUAGAAAAAUUCAACACGGUCAAGUGGGAAACGGACGCGAAAAACCUGCAGGCGUUCAAAGAUGGUAAAACGGGAUAUCCAAUCGUGGAUGCGGCGAUGCGGCAGUGUAAUGAGAUGGGGUGGAUGCACAACCGUUCCAGGAUGAUUGCGGCCAGUUUCUUCGUCAAGGACCUCAUGCUCGACUGGCGGCUCGGAGAGCGCUAUUUCAUGCAGUCAUUCAUUGACGGAGACCUGGCAAGUAAUAACGGUGGUUGGCAGUGGACUGCGUCCACCGGCACAGAUCCGCAACCGUACUUCCGCAUCUUCCACCCUGUCAGCCAGGCAGCAAAAGCUGACCCUUCGGGUGACUAUAUCCGGCAGUUCGUCCCCGAACUGAGCAAGCUGAAGGGAAAUGUGCUGUAUGCGCCAUGGGAGCAUAUGCCACACGCGGAAUUCGAGAAACUUGGGUAUCCGGCACCGAUUGUUGACCAUAAGGAGGCGAGAGAACGCGCGUUGCGGCGAUACAAGAACCCAGGUUGCGAGUGAGUGAUGUCUCGGAGAUGGGAGGGAGAUGGAGACGGGAACGCGCAGCAAGGAAGGCAUCACACUUGUGGGAAGGGGUCAACGAGGUCAUAUUACGUUCUGUUGUCAGGGGAAUAUUGGGGAGAGAGCGAGAGUGUCUAGCUACAAAUAUACUUUCUACUUUCUACUUUGGUUGUGUUUCUUUUCUUGGAAUCGGACCAAAGGCGGUUUAAACAACGAUACAGUGUUCCCUCUAGGGCACGGCAUAAUCUGUCCGUCCCUGGAGGGUUUGGGGUUCGAAAGGGCAUGGGAAGGGAAGGGAAGGGAGGGAAGGGAAGGGAAGGGAGGGAAGGGUAUGGUCAGAAAGGGAAAGGGAUGGCGAUGGGAAAGCGAAAGCGAAAGGGGCGCAGGAGCUCAUUUCAUGAGCGGCCCGUCCUGCGGGCCGACACUGCACUCCAUAUCCCGAACCAACCCCGUCCCGACCUCGUACACCCACCCAUGCACCCAGAGCUUCUUCCCCUGCUUCCAAGCGUUCUGUACGAUACUGGUAUGCACUACAUGCCUCACUUGCUGUUUGACGCUCGCGUCUAGCAGUAAGGGGAGGGCGAGCGCUUCUGGCUGGGAGGGGAGACCGAGCGAGCGGGAGAGGUUUUGAAGGGGGUCGAGCCACC